ACUCUGAAGAUCCAGUCUCGCGCACGCGCUUUUCUCCUGUUUAUCGGCCCCUGAAUGUUUCUCCCGUGAUGCUCCGCGUGGACGAGCAGCAAGAUGGCGGACGCUCUGGAUGAAUUUACGACAGAAACUGGAUGCGUCCCGAUCCUCCAUCCCGAGGAAAUUAAACCCCAGAGUCACUUUAAUAAUGACUACAGCGAGAGCGUCAGCCGCAAGAGCCACGUGGACGACUACAGCACUUGGGACAUCGUCAAGGCCACCCAGUACGGGAUAUUCGAGCGAUGCCGUGAGCUGGUGGAGGCCGGAUAUGACGUGCGUCAGCCGGAUAAAGAAAAUGUCACACUCCUGCACUGGGCGGCAAUCAAUAACCGCAUCGACCUGGUCAAGUACUACAUAUCUAAAGGAGCUGUAGUCGAUCAGCUGGGAGGAGAUCUCAACUCUACACCGCUGCACUGGGCUACAAGACAGGGCCAUCUCUCUAUGGUGGUGCAGUUGAUGAAGUACGGCGCUGAUCCGUCUCUCAUCGAUGGCGAGGGAUGCAGUUGUGUGCAUCUGGCCACUCAGUUUGGACACACCUCUAUUGUAGCGUAUCUCAUCGCCAAGGGACAGGAUGUGGAUAUGAUGGAUCAGAAUGGCAUGACCCCUUUGAUGUGGGCGGCUUAUCGGAUGCACAGUGUUGACCCGACACGGCUGUUGCUGACGUUUAACGUGUCGGUGAAUCUGGGUGAUAAGUAUCAUAAGAACACGGCUCUGCACUGGGCGGUUCUGGCCGGAAACACUACGGUCAUCAGCCUGCUGUUGGAGGCUAAUGCUAAUGUGGAUGCACAGAACAUCAAGGGGGAGACGCCGCUGGAUCUGGCCAAACAGAGGAAAAAUGUGUGGAUGAUAAAUCAUCUGCAGGAGGCCAGACAGGCCAAAGGCUACGACAGCCCCUCAUACCUGAAACGGCUCAAAAUGGACAAGGAGUUCAGGCAGAAGGUGAUGUUGGGAACUCCGUUCCUGGUGAUCUGGCUGGUGGGAUUUAUCGCCGAUCUGGACAUUGACUCCUGGCUCAUCAAGGGUGUGAUGUAUGCAGUGAUGUGGCUCGUCGUGCAGUUUCUGUCCAAGUCUUUCUUUGAUCACUCCAUGCACAGCGCUCUUCCUCUGGGCAUCUAUCUGGCCACUAAGUUUUGGAUGUACAUCACCUGGUUUUGUUGGUUCUGGAACGAUCUCCCGUUCCUCACCAUCCACCUGCCCUUCUUGCUCAACAGUCUAGCUCUCUUCUAUAACUUUGGCAAGUCUUGGAAGUCUGACCCUGGUAUCAUCAAAGCUUCCGAGGAGCAGAAGAAAAAGACUAUAGUUGAACUGGCAGAAACAGGCUCUCUGGAUCUCAGCAUAUUCUGCAGCACCUGUUUGAUACGGAAGCCAAUCAGAUCGAAACACUGCGCCGUUUGCAAUCGAUGCAUCGCCAAGUUUGAUCACCACUGCCCGUGGGUCGGAAACUGCGUGGGAAGUGGGAACCACCGUUACUUCAUGGGCUACUUGUUCUUCCUGUUAUGUAUGAUCUGUUGGAUGAUGUACGGAUGCAUUUGCUACUGGAGGAUUCACUGUGCCACCAGCUACACUAAAGACGGCUUUUGGAUCUACAUCACCCAGAUCGCCACCUGCUCGCCGUGGAUGUUCUGGAUGUUUCUCAACAGUGUGUUUCACCUCAUGUGGGUCGCUGUACUCAUCAUGUGCCAGCUCUAUCAGAUCGCUGUUCUGGGCAUCACUACAAACGAGCGCAUGAAUGCCAGAAGAUAUAAGCACUUUAAAGUUACAGCCACGUCCAUCGAGAGCCCUUUCAAUCACGGUUGUUUGAGGAACCUCAUAGACUUCUUCGAGCUGCGCUGCUGUGGUCUGCUGCGGCCCGUGGUGGUAGACUGGACGUCCCAGUACACAAUAGAGUACGAGCAGACGUCCGGCUCAGGAUACCAGCUGGUGUAGAGCGGUGACGGAGCGACGGAGCGAGAGCGAGAGCGAGAAGAGGGGAGAGGUUUUCCUGAAGUGCUGCUCAAACGGGACCACCUCCUUCACCAAGACUGCAAACCUCACCCAGUCAGGAUAACGCAUGCUGUCACCAACUCCACCCGAGACGCAGGGACACCAGGAACAGGAAGAGGAGGAGUUUAAUGCAGUACAGCCCACUCUUCUCGAUUGGUCAGCAGAGACGCACAUCGUUCGUUUAACUUCGGUUCUCUUCCUGUGACCCCUUUUUUUUUUUGUUGCUUGUAAAGUGAUUUCGGAUCUGCGUUAAGUCCUGGUUCAACCUGGAACUUUGUGUAGGAAUGAGAAUAUUAGCGUCGAAAAAGCGUUUGUGGUUUUAAGGAAUCGUUCUGGCCAAAAUUAGACUUUUUAUUAUUAUUUGUUCUUCGUCAUGUCGCAUCAAACCUGUAUGACUGGCGUGGAAAACAAAAGAAGAUGUUUAGUAGAAUGUUCAGGCUGCUCUUUUCCAUAGAAGUAAAACGUGUUUUUUUUUUUUUUUCAAUGCAGGAAAUAAUAUUAACACAUUUUUACAUUUUAAGGCGAACGAUUCCUUUAAGCUGCCUCGAUUUGUCUGAAAACAGGCGUCGUAUUGACACGCAUUCUCAUGCCCUGAUCAAAUAAUGUGACAUAACAUAUUUAUUUUAACCUAUUUAUGUAGUAUUUUGCGCAAUUAAGUAAAUAUGGUAUCAUGAGGUAAUUUUAACAUAUCUUCAUUUCCACAUAUAUAUGUACAUUUGCAGCAUGUUUAAUAGUUUAGGUGGGGUGAAUCCUUCGAAAACGUGUCAAGAAGAUAAAGCCGGGUCAUAUUUCACCCCAAAAUCAAAAGAAACACAUAUUAGAUUAUAUUUGGGUUAGAGAAAACGGUUUUCAUGAAGGUUAAACACAUUUCCCCAUAAUUCUCAUUGCGAUCCUGCACUAAAACCUCCUUAUUACUUUAUUUAAAAAUCACCUCAUUAUUACUGUAUUUAAAAAUCUAUAAAAGUAUUUAUAGUAUAUUGCCUCUAAAUUAUGCUAUUUUUUUAAAAUCAUUGUUUUUCAACCGUUGUUUACUGUUAAACAAUUAAAAAACACUAUUGCAAUGAGAAUUACAGCAGAAACACAGUCUUCACUUUCAUAUAUUAUAUACAUACUUUUUUUUUUUUUUUACAUAAAUAAUGUUUGUUUUAUUACAUUUUUGGAUGAAAUGUGACCUGGCCACGUUCUUGCUGUGUUUGUGAGAGUAAUCCAGGUGCCCUCUGAAUUUUACAAGAAAUAACACGCUCGUAUGUGAACCUCUAUAUUUAUUAUGUAUGUGUAGUUUUAGGAAGUGUAUAUACAUCUAAAGUUGAAAAGCCAUUAUUAAGUGGACCUGAUCGCUGUAUGGACUUAAAGGGAGAUGGCGUUUAACACCCCAGAGGGGCUCCUUCCAUCUGUUCCCAUUCAUUUUAGGGUUUUUUGUGGCAGCGGCAGUAUUCGUCUGCCUUAAACAAUGCACUGAUCUUUUUUAGUUUGUUCGAUGUUACUGAAAAAACAAGCUCUUUUCCCCGGCGUCGCCAAGGGAUCUUCAAGCUUGCGUAGAAAGAGGAAGCUCCUCCCCUUUUUGCUCCCCAUUUCCUCUUCCUGUCGGUGUGGCGUUUUCGUGACAGGAUGUAAAGAAUGUGCAUCUGUACAUAAAUGAACUAGAUUCAUUAUUCUAUAUGUGACUUGCGUUCGUUUUUUUAUUUUCGUCCGUGUUAGUUAAAGCUGCUCCUAAUUUUUUUUUUAUCUUACCAAAAAAGCAGAAAAAAAAAACGAUUAUCCAAGUGUAUGACUGUAGCUUUUAGUGGCGUCUGGCACUGCUGUGUACUGACCUUUGACCUUGCAAACCUCCACUGCAUGUGUAAAGCCUGAUCAUCCGAAAGACGCCCCAUCUGUAAAUAAUGAAUGUUCAGUAUUUGCAACCAGUUUUUUUUAUUCUUUGUUUUUACAUUUUAUCCCCGAUGUGUGUAUCGUUCUCGAGUGUCCCUCAUGCUCUGCGGCCGAUCGGUGCUCUGAAGAUGUAUUAUACCUGAAUGUCCCGUUCUCAUUGAUUAUUAUUCAGCCUAAAGGGUUACUUUUGUAUGUUUCAUUGCUGGGUUUGUUGUACCACUGUAUGUACAAACUGUAAAUGCCGGAGAAGUAGACGUGUGAGCAGACGCGGUGCUGUAAUAUGUGGAUCAGGCACAGUGACGCUCAUUCAUUCAUGUGACAGUGUUUUUCGAGAUUAUAUUCACUCUGUCGUUCCUCCGCUGGCUGUUUUCCCACCAUGUGAAAAGCACAUGCUCAUCUCCAGUGCCUCAGCUGAGAUCAGGACCCUACUCUGCUUCGGAUCUAACUUAUUGGGCAUGGUUCAAUUUUAAUGGCUUUAUUAAUAAAACAUUCGAAGGUGAAAAGC